UUCAGUCACAUGAAAAUGGCAGAAACUGACUUCAAGAUGGAUCUUGCCCAAUUACAAAGUAACGUAACACUGCUCUUCAGUCUCAUGAAAAUAGUAGAAACUGACUUCAAGAAGAAUAAUGCCCAAUUACAAAGUAACGUUACAGGAUUAUCUGAGAAGACAAACAGAUCACUCAGUGAACUUAGGAAUCACAUUUCUCAGCUGAAGAAGAAACUGCUUUGGAAGUGUUCUGAACACUGGAGGCGAUUCCAGCAAAAGUGUUAUUACUUUUCAUCAGACAGCAAGAGCUGGACAGAGGCCCAGAGAUCCUGUGCAUCAAUGGAUGCCAAUCUUCUUGUCAUUAACAAGCCUGAGGAGCAGGGAUUUGUAAAAAAGUGGCUCCAACACAAAGAUUACUGGAUUGGACUCACUGAUUCUAUCGCGGAAGGUGAUUGGCGCUGGAUGGAUGGGACGGACUACAAUUCCUCUGUAAAAUUUUGGAAGAAGGGUGAACCAAAUGAUGCUUCCAAUGAAGACUGUGCAGAAAUAUAUGGUGAUGGAGGUUGGAAUGAUCAAUCAUGUGAUGCCUCUCUACAUUGGAUCUGUGAAAAGCCAGCACAGUUUGUUUCUCCUUAAUGUUCCAUCAGUACCCAGGGGGAAGUAAAUCCUUUUUGAAGUAUUCAGUCUGUGUACAUUGGGCCAGCAGCUCUUAGCUGGGAUUGGCAGGAGAGUCGUAAGGAAUCUCUCUCACUCUCCUGACCAUAACUUUGUAAAAUCCCACAGGGAACAUUCAAGUUAUUCCCCUUUAUCUCAAUCCAAUGAUGUGAAGAUUCAUGUGGUGCAUUUUCCCUAUGUUCCUGUAUUACGUUGAAUCAGAUCAACAAUUCUGAUGCUGGCAAUGUGAAAUACAAACAGAGCAACUCAGGUGGUCUGGCAGCAUGCGUGGAGACUGAAAGAGCUAAUAUUUUCGGUCUGAAGAACAGUUAUAAUGGACUCAAAAUGUGUGGCUCUCCAUAGAUGCUGCCAGACCACCUGAGUUUCUCCAGCACUUUCUAUUUUUAUUCCAUAUUUCUGGAAUGCUUAAGGGACAGUGCAUUGUUUGUAUAUUGAAUUGUCCUGUUCCUUUCAUCCACCAGCCUAAUCCCAUUGGAACAAAGGAGCUAAAGUGAUCUUAAACAUAUUGUGCUGUUUGGAAUUCAUGACAUCUCACCUCAUCCUUCAAGGGAUAGAAUGGAUUUUGAACCAUUCUUGCUCGUUUGGUCCUCAAUUGACGAAAUAGCUCACAGCCGUGCCUUUGCUUCAGUCUAACCUCAGAGAGAUUCUUCCUCCCUAUGCCAAUGCCACUCAUUCUCUCAAACUCGUUCUCUAUGCCUCUGCGACCUACAUGUCCUCUAAAACCUAACCUUUCCUAGGAGACCACCAGUUAGCAGGGAUACCUAAAUAGAUCGAUGGGUCUGUAACUGAGGGUUGUCAAAGGCCAAAUGUUUGUAAAAUUAGCAGCUGAAAAUAGAAAAAUUUGAACAUUGUUACAAGGCUUCAUGUAAUUACAGAGCUUUUUAUGAUCUGAAGUCAAUACAAAUGCUUGAAAGCUACUCAAAAUCGAUGGAAUUAUUAGACUUUGUAUGAGUUGAACCAUUUGCUCUCCCUUUCCUUGCCAUCUAUCCCCAACAAUACAGUGAACCAGUGGACCAAUAUUAAAUCAGCACAGCAUUUCAGUACUCAA